CGUCGGACCUCCCAGGGGUUCGGCUUCACGCUGCGGCACUUCAUCGUCUACCCACCGGAGUCGGCCGUCCACAACUCCCUGAAGGAUGAGGACAACGGCAGCCGAGGGAGACAGCGAAACCGUCUGGAGCCAAUGGACACCAUUUUCGUCAAGCAAGUGAAGGAGGGAGGCCCCGCCCACGGAGCUGGACUAUGUACAGGGGAUCGUAUUGUGAAGGUGAAUGGAGAGAGCAUCAUUGGAAAGACGUACUCACAAGUCAUAGCCUUGAUCCAGAACAGCGAGCCCUCACUGGAGCUCUGUGUGAUGCCAAAGGAUGAGGACAUUCUGCAGCUGGCGUACUCCCAGGAUGCAUACCUCAAAGGAAACGAGGCGUACAGCGGAAAUGCGCAGAACAUCCCCGAGCCCCCUCCCAUAUGCUACCCUCGGAUAGAAGUGAAGGCUGCGGGCAUGGCCCAGGCGUCAGAGCCUGCCCCGGUCAGUGAGACCCCUGGAGGGCCGGCUCAGGGACCAGGAAGAAGAGGGGGGGCCAGUGAACAGAGUCACCGGGUGGAGAUCCCUGUUCCGCCGUCACCCCCGACCCAGCAGGCAUCCAAGUCUCAGACUGUGGUGUCUGUGUGUAAUGACAGUAAGAGGACAGUAGCCAUGCCUCCUGAUCCAGUUGACCGGGGGCCCUGGGUCGCUCGGGCGGGCCCCAGUCACAGGACAGAGGAAAACCGGUACAGUUCUCCACCCGAUUCUGGAUCAGCUAGACUCAGACCCCUUAUUCCCUCAGUCCCCGGGGGUGCACAGUUGCAGUGUCCCUCUUCCCGUCCGGUAGAAAGUCCGGUUUACUCCCCGUCCUCAAGUUCUAGACCUGGUGCGAUCCAUGCGGACCCCUUAACCCCGCCUGCACGGACACCUGUCGCUGCUGCAUCGCCGGACAAGUUCUCCACUGCUGUCUCACCCAACACCAACCACUACUCGCCCUCUCCCACAGCCUCAUCCACCUCCCCACACCAGAACAUUGACUGGAGAAAUUACACCACCUAUAAGGAUUACAUCGACGCCAAGAGGCUGCACACGUACGGCUGCCGCACCAUCCAGGAGCGCUUGGACAGCUUGCGUGCAGCUGCUAAUUCUACUUCUGCGUACGCCCAGCAACGAACGCCUCUCCCUUCCAGCCCCAGCCAGAGAGCGCCAUCGGUCUCCCAGGUCAGACAGAGGAGCACAUCCAGUGACCGUUGGAUGGACGCAAAGAGUCCGGGUACUACAGUGACAGCUCCAUUACGUAGCGUCUCCCAAGAGAGGCUUGGAGGUGGAACGGAGAAGACGAUACCAAACAGGAACUGGCCUCGGAGCUCGUCCCAGGGCGCUCUGCCCUUCUCCUCCCCGACAGAUGUUACCAAACCUCGGGCACGGUCUUGCGACUACCUGGGCCAGCAGCCUGCUGAGCCGGGUGGGGUUGACAAGGCAGAGGAAUCCAGAGCCGGCAGGCAGGGAGCAGGCCUGAAAGUUUUACCUCAUCUCAACAGGAGUCUCCCUGGACAGGAGAGCGAAGGGCGAGGAAGUGGAUUCUCUAGCUCACCUUCAGCUGCUCCUGUGUUUACUAAAGGUACAACAGACUCUGUAACACCACCCAGGACAGACGGGGUCAUCAUGAGACCCUCACGUCUGCCUGUGAAAAAUGCCAUCUCAGACUCUUUACCUGCCUUACCCAUCAAAACCACAGACCCUCUUAAAGACCAAAGAGCUGCCAUCAGUGGCAACCACCUGGGGUACCCGUCCCCUCUGCACCUCCAGCUCAGGGGCCGGGCGGACAGUCUGAAAAUGGAGAACAGGUUGGAGGCCGGGUUGGCUGCCAGGUCCUCCUCUUGCUCUGGUCCGUCCUCUCAACUGCCCACGCAGAGACAACUUGGAGCUUCCUCUGGUAGCUCCACUAGCAACGGAGCUGUGACCCCAAAGCCAAAGGUCAGAGAAACCUGCACAUCCACCAGCUCACCUGUACGAACUAAUGGCGGUCUCACGGAGGGAGUAGAAGGACCUGAUGCAACAGUAGUGGUCCUAAGAAGAGACAAGAAAUCCGAAGCUCCUCACAUUCGCCCUCCGUCAUAUGUACUAGCCGUUAAUGACUGCGGUGGAGGAGUCACUCAUAGGUCACCACCUUUGGUGAAGGCCGGCUCGGCCGAUGCAAUGUGCUGGAUGUCCAACGACGGCUGUAGGGAGAAGCAUUUUAGGAGACUGGGCGACACACGACACACGUCUGGAUCCAAUAACCUGGAUGACUCCCUGGAUUCGAUCCCUUUCAUAGAUGAACCCUCCAGUCCCAGUCUCGACCUGGACAGCAGCAUCCACAUCCCGGCCUCUGCCGUCAUAUCUGCAGCCCCCAUCAUCACCACCAUCCCACCCAGCCCCACCUCGCCAUCCCCCCUCUUUCGACGACAGCUGUCACAUGACCAAGAUUCUCUCCGUCUCACAAUUAUUGAGUCAGAUUCUGGAACAAAAACCGAGCGUUCCAAGUCGUACGAUGAAGGUCUGGACAACUACCGGGAAGAAGCCAGAGGGAGGUCUAUUAUACCUGGUCUGAAAGGUCUUCGGAGGGCGGUCGACAGGUCGUCAGAGGAUUCAGGCUCCAGGAGAGAUUCCUCAUCUGAUAUCUUCUGCGACGCCACCAAGGAGGGUUUGCUGCAUUUCAAGCAGCUGAACACAGAUAAGGGAAAGCGUGUCGGCGGGGGGAUGCGCCCGUGGAAGCAGAUGUACGCCGUGUUGAGAGGAAACUACCUCUGCCUGUAUAAAGACAAAAAGGAAGGUCAAGCUCACGCCAACUGCCAGGUGGUGGACGAGGCUCUGCCGAUCAGCAUCAAGGCCUGUCUGAUCGACAUCUCCUACAGCGACACCAAGCGUAAGAACGUGCUGCGGCUGACCACGUCGGACUGCGAGUACCUGUUCCAGGCCGAGGACCGGGAGGACAUGCUGGCCUGGAUCCGAGUCAUUCAGGAGAGCAGCAACCUGGACGAGGAGAACGCCAUCUUCACCAGCCAUGACCUCAUCAGCAGGAAGAUCAAGGAGUACAACACCUUGAUGAGUCCCACCGGCAGCAGGACGGAGCAGUCGCCCAAAGCUUCUCGCCAGUCGCUGAGCAUCCGACAGACGCUGCUGGGAGGAAAAGAGACCAAAGCUACAAGUCCUCACUCCCCCAAACCUGAGCAGGAGAGGAAGAACAUGCACAAAGACGACACCAGCCCUCCGAAGGACAAAGGGACCUGGAGGAAAGGAAUCCCCGGGCUGAUGAGGAAACCUUUCGAGAAGAAGCCGUCUCCUGGCGUCACGUUCGGAGUGAGGCUGGACGACUGUCCGCCCGCACUGACAAACAAGUUUGUGCCUCUGAUUGUGGAGGUCUGCUGUAACCUGGUGGAGGAGAGGGGGCUGGAGUACACCGGCAUCUACAGGGUCCCGGGAAACAACGCAGCCAUCUCCAACAUGCAGGAGGAGCUCAACAACAAGGGCAUGAACGAUAUCGAUGUCCAGGAUGAUAAAUGGAGGGACCUCAAUGUGAUCAGCAGUUUACUCAAGUCCUUCUUCCGCAAACUUCCAGAGCCCUUGUUCACUAAUGAUAGAUACUCAGACUUCAUAGACGCCAACAGGGUCGAGGGCCCGGUGGAGAGACUCAAAGUGAUCAAGAGGCUGCUUCAUGAGUUACCAGAUCAUCACUACGAGACCCUGAAGUUCCUCUCAGCUCAUCUGAAAUGUGUGGCUGAUAACUCAGAGAAGAAUAAGAUGGAGCCGAGGAACCUGGCCAUCGUGUUUGGUCCGACUCUGGUGCGGACCACCGAGGACAACAUGACUCACAUGGUCACACACAUGCCCGACCAGUACAAGAUCGUAGAGACCCUCAUUCAGAAUUACAACUGGUUUUUCACUGAAGAGGGAAAUACAGAACCAGUGCCUGUGUUCUACGAGAUGAGCGCCGUGCAGUCCCAGCCGAUCCCCAACAUCGACCACCUGCUCACCAACAUCGGGCGCACGGCCGCCUCCCAGGGGGAAGUCUCAGAUUCACCGAACAGUGACUCGGCGAAAUCAAAGGGCUCCUGGGGCUCCGGGAAGGACCGAGAGCUCCUGGUCUCCUCCAUCUUUGCUGCAGCCAGCCGCAAAAGAAAGAAGUCAAAGGAGAAGCCGCAGCCGAGCAGCUCCGAUGACGACCUGGACGCCGUGUUCCCCAAGAAGGAGCUCGCUGGCCUGAAGCCCAACCACCACCUGCAGGCCGAGGCCGCGGGCGAGAGCCGGCCCCACGCCAAGCAGCCGGCGCCGGCCGAGGACAGGAAGGAGAACGGGAGGAGUGUGGAGCUGGUGCCCAAAGCCAAGAGGGAGCACAGGAACUCCUUGUUCCUGAAGGAGAAGACCCCUCCUCGCCACUCGUCUUCGUCCAUCUCGUCUCCGAUCCUCAGCGGCUCGCCGACCCUCAGCCGCCAGGCCCCCCCCCGGGGGAAGUCCUCCCUGUCGGACCCUCCGUCCCAGCUGGACGAGAACACCUCGGACCUCGGGACCAUGAGCUCGGGAGCGUCGGCGCCGCGGUCCAGACCCAAGAAGUGGUCCGGAGGAGCCCCCCCCGACCUGCCCCCGGGAGUGUGCACGGGGCAGGGAGGAGGGGCCGGGGCGUCCGCCGGUGCAGAGGUGAGCUCCAUCACCUCGGACUACUCCACCACCUCCUCCAUCACCUUCCUGACCGGCGCCGAGUCCAGUGCGCUCAGCCCGGAGCUGCCGGGCGGCGAGGAGGCCGACGACGAGCGCAGCGAGCUCAUCAGCGAGGGCCGGCCCAUGGAGACGGACAGCGAGAGCGACUUCCCGGUGUUCGCCCCGGGGGGGGGCAGCUGCCAGUCCACGCCGCGCCAGGAGCAGAGUCAGGAGAAGGUGGAGGCCAGAGAGGCGGCUGACGGAGGCGUGGGGGUCAAACUGGAAGCUCGCCGCCUGUUCCCGUCGCACCGGAUGAUCGAGUGCGACACGCUCUCCAGACGCUGGUCGCUGAGGCAGAAGACCGACAGCGAGUCGUCCAUGGAGGGCGUGGCCGGGGGCGGGAGGUCGGAGUCCUCCACCCGCUUGUCUCGGGUCCUGGAGGUGAUGAAGAAAGGCCGGUCCACCAGCAGCCUCAGCUCGUCUUCACGCAGCGAGUCGGAGCGCGCCGAGCCGGCGUGGCACCUGAAGAUCACCGAGCGGCUGAAGCUCCGGAUCCGAACGUCCGCCGACGACAUGUUCGCUCAGAAGAACCGAGCUCCGGACGCUCGGAGCAAGAAGAAGAACAUCCGGCGGCGCCACACCCUGGGGGGGCAGAGAGACUUUGCAGAGCUGGCGGUCAUCAACGACUGGCGGGAGCAGGGCGGCGUGGACAAGGUGGCCGACCUCUCGCUGCUGGACCACCUGAAACCCAGGUGCUCCUCCGAGGACUUCUCCGUCCGGGACUGGAUCUCCAGGGAGCGCUGCCGCGGCUCCGAGCCGGGCGUGGCGCCGGGCGUGAAGCCGGGCGUGGCACCGGGCGUGGCGUCGGGCGUGGCUCCGGGCGUGGCGCCGGGCGUGGCGCUCGCACCCCGAGCCGUGCCCGAGGACGAUCCCUCAGAAGCUCCGGCCGUCGCUCCUGAAUCACCACCGUUGCCGCUGACUCCUCCUCCUCCUCCUUUUGCCGCCGCCCCGGACGCUCAGCCGCCGGCGGGGGAGCAGGUGAACGGGGGGGGGCUGCAGGUGAAGAGCAAAGCGUCGCUCGGGGGGGAAGCCCACCCUCACAAACUCUCCGGAGCACAAGUGGUCCGCUCGCGGUUCUACCAGUACCUGUGAGGACGGAACAGAAUGAAUGAGUGAAUGAGCGAAUGUGGAUAUUUGAGCGAAGGUUACUGCACAAUAUUUUUUCUACAAAGUAAACUUUAUGUAUCUACUGUACAUACUGUGUAUAGGCCUACAUGAUUGUUCCUGGAGUGAAGCUGAAGAGAUGUUUAUGUGUAUUUCCACUGACUCGUCGGCCGUACUGGAAAACAAGACACGGAAAGAAGAGAAACACUUUUUCCUCCUGAACUGGACUCACCACAGAAUGUGAGUUUCCCGUCCAGGUGACGUUCAAGAGACGGAAUCGAACUCUCGUUUCGCAGCACUAAUGAAAAACGGUUACUAUAGAAACGCAGGAGGAAACCCUUUAGAAAUAAGGAAUCUCGGUUCAGUUCUUCCUCUUAUAAACGGUAUGAAGAAUGUAUUACUCGCUCCUUUUUGUUUUUUUUUGGACUAACACUAGUUGCUUGUGACAAUAUUGUCAUUUUUUAAAAAAACGACGUGUGUGUAUUUGUUUUGUUUUCGCCUGAACUUGAAGUUUGUGCUUUCUGAGCUGUGGGAAGUUUGUGGGUUUUUUUCACAGCACGGUCACAACAGCCAGAUAUUAGCUCGGAGGGUUAUUAUAGUUUUAUCAAAUAAAGACUGAAAAAAAACAUUAACGAAAAAAUACUGUUACUAUAGUAUGUAAUGCUCGGUGCAGUAGUUUUUUAAUUUCCAAACUUUGUCAAGAUAUAGUCCAAAAGAAAACUUUUUACAUGUGUUUUUAUCUCGAAAAAGGAAAAAGUGCCUCUUUUUGUUUUCUUUUUUAACAGUUUUUACCAACAAAAGUUUCGGAGGAGAAUAUUUCACAUUCCACAGGUUUUCUGUUUCUUCCCGUUCCAGCUCAUCUCUAGUUCAGUUCCGUGUUUGUUUCUCUUCACCUUCACUUGUUGUUUCACGUGCAGUUCAAAUGCGUUUUUCAAAACCCGGGAGGAAAAGGACAACAAAAAAAAAAAAAAGAAAGGAACUGCAUGAGACAAUGUUUGGUGAACAUCUGGCCUGUGUACAGCAGAACAUGGUGCGAUGCCCCCCCCGCAACAAA